AUGCUGGAGAUCGCCAAUACCAUCGAGGAUGGCACACGAGCGCUGGUAGAGGAGAGCGGGAUGGAAUCCGGGGUAGGCUUCCCAACUGGGCUCAGCCUGAACAACUGUGCAGCACACUAUUCGCCAAACUCCGGCGACACCGUAGGUGGAUUCGGUGUGCAUGUGAAAGGUCGCAUAUUAGACUCUGCCUUCACGAUGACCUUCGACCAUACAUAUGACAAGCUGUUGGAAGCUGUCAAGGCUGCAACAGACACAGGCAUCCGGGAGGCUGGUAUCGAUGAGACGAUGGAGUCAUAUGAGGUCGAGGUCAACGGCAAGGUGUAUCCUGUCAAAGCUAUCGAGAACCUGAGCGACAAGAUGGAGGAGGGCGAGUACUUCGCUAUUGAGACUUUCGGCUCGACGGGACGUGGUCGCGUGGUGGAAGUGUAUGCUGACCACGGCGAAGUCGCUGCUCAAUUCCAUCAACAAAACUUUGGGACGCUGCCAUUCUGCCGACGAUACCUUGAUCGGAUCGGAGAGCAGAGAUAUCUCCUAGCUCUGAAUCACCUGGUGCAACAAGGCAUCGUACAAGACUAUCCGCCACUGUGCGACCAGAAGGGAGCGAUGACAGCGCAGUUUGAACACACGAUCCUAUUACGUCCCACACGGAAGGAAGUGGUCAGCAGAGGCGACGACUAUUGAUGCACAUCCCGCACUGUAUAUGUACUACAUACUCCUGGCGGCCUCGCUGUAUCUGUAGCUUCACCGUCACCAUAGCAUCUCUAUUGUUCCUUUGUAUCACCGGGAAGCUCGUUCUGCAG